AUGUCAAUUCCAUUCAGUGAUAUCCAAAAGCAAACCAAUGAUUUAUUAGGUAGAGAUUUCUACCACUUAUCUCAAGGAUCAAUUGAUAUUAAAUCAACUGCUCCAAACGGUGUCAACUUUACUGUUAAAGGUAAAACUGGUAAAGAUAACUCAAUCAACGCCUCAAUUGAAAGUAAAUACACCGACAAAGCUUCAGGAUUGACUUUGACUCAAGGUUGGAACAAUGCCAACUCCUUAGAUACUAAAAUUGAAUUAAGUGAAUUAUUAACUCCAGGUUUAAAAACUGAAUUAAUCACUUCAUUAGUUCCAAAUGGUAACAGAAAUGCUAAAUUGAACUUCUACUACCAACACUCAAUUGUUAACACCAGAUUGUUCUUUGAUUUAUUAAAAGGUCCAUUAACUACUGCUGAUUUAACUUUCAACCACGAUGGUUUCAUAGUUGGAGGUGAAUUAGGUUAUGAUAUUUCCUCAGCCAAAGUCAACAAAUACAACGUUGGUUUAGGUUACAAAAACCCAUUAUACUCAAUUGGUUUAACUGCUUCAAACAACUUGUCUGUCUUCUCAGCUGCUUACUACCACAAAAUCAGUCCUUUAGUUGAAGCUGGUGCUAAAGCUACCUGGGAUUCAGUUAAAUCUUCUAACGUUAACGUUGAAUUCGCUACCAAAUACAAAUUAGAUUCAUCAUCAUCAAUCAAAGCUAAAAUCUCAGAUUCAGGUUUAACUGCUUUAUCUUAUCAACAAGUUUUGAGACCAGGUGUUACUUUAGGUUUAGGUGCCUCAUUUGAUGCUUUAAAAUUGAGUGAACCAGUUCACAAAUUAGGUUUCAGUUUAUCUUUUGCUGCUUAA